AUGGUGAUCAAGGGAGAGGUCCAGCGCCCCAACGGUGUUUCCUCGAGUCCUCUGGUCCACGAGUAUCCUCGACCACUCAAGAUUGCCAUCGUGGGCGCCGGCAUUGGUGGUUUAAGCACAGCUGUAGCAUUGCGCCGGCAAGGUCACCAAGUUGACCUUUACGAACAGUCCAAACUCGCCAACGAGACCGGCGCUGCCGUACACUUGGCCCCCAACGCCAACGGUCUUUUGAGGCGAUGGGGCAUCUACCCUGAGACAUUCGGCGCCAACCCCUCGCAUCACUUCAAAGAGAGAGACUUGCACAACCAGGGCGGCUUCGACGUCGACAUAACAAAGUCCCAGAGCCAAUGGCAGCAUCCGUGGCAGCUCGUACACCGCGCCUAUCUUCACAACGAGAUCCGUAAUGUCGCUACCGCAGAAAACGGAGCCAGUCCGCCGGCAAAGCUUCAUGUAGCAUCCAAGGUCGUCGGUGCGAACCCCGAGAAGGGCGAGUUGUCGCUGGAAGAUGGGACUACCGUCCAAGCAGAUGUAAUCCUCGGUGCCGAUGGUAUCUACUCCAAGGUCAGAAAGUUCGUGACCGGCACCGACUAUAAGCUGUUCCGCUCAGGCAAGGCGGCAUUCCGCUUCCUCAUCCCCCGCGCCGCCGCUCUGGAGGAUCCCGUCACGGCGCCUCUAGUCGACAAAGAGAACUCUCUGGGUAUGUGGUUUGGUACGGACAGACGUAUCGUGAUUUACCCUUGCAACAACAAUCAGCUUCUCAAUUUUGUUUGCAUCCAUCCCGAUACCGAGUCUCAAGCAAAUGCAAGCGAUGAGUGGAAUAAAAAGGCCUCAAUCGAACAACUACUCAAGGUUUAUAAAGACUUUGAUCCUGCCCUGCUGCAAUUGAUGAGCAAGGCUCAUCCCGAUGAAGUCAACGUCUGGCAAUUGUUGGAUAUGGAGGCCUUGCCGACGUGGGUGAAUGGCAAGCUCGCCCUUCUGGGAGACGCCGCCCAUCCUUUCACGCCUCACCAGGGACAAGGCGCAGGUCAGGCGAUGGAAGACGGCGCGGCGUUGGCGGUUGUCCUUCCAAGAGGGACUUCUCCCAAUGAGGUCCCGGAACGUUUGCGCCUGUACGAGAAGAUCCGCAUGGAGCGCGCGUACACGAUCCAGGAGUUCUCUCGUCAAGCCGGCAAAGACAGGAUACCGGGACAACCACCUGCCAUCCAAAUGAUGAAAUACACAAACUACAACUUUGGCCACGACGAGCACGACCACGCGACUAAAAUCUUCAACAAGUACCUCUGGUCCAAGAAACAGGACAUGUACUGGCGCAUGCCCAUCGGCUUCGGGCCCUUCCCCGGGCCCCGACAAGACUUCUUCGGCCGACGACAACCAUCCGAUCUCGAGCGCACUUUCAAGACAAUGUCCGUAAAGUUCCUCACAUCGCGAACCUUUCUCGAAACGAUUCUUCCCACAGACUCGUUCCGCUUCAAAGAGCCCGGCACCGUCUGCUCCGCCUCGCUCUCCGUCACCCAGCUCAACAACAUGUCCUGGCUCGGCGGCGGCGGCUACAACCACCUGGGCCUCUACAUUCACGGUAUCGAAUACGUCAAGCGGGACGGCAGCACAAUCAACGGCACCCACCUGUCGGUCCUCUUUGAAUCCCUGACCGACCCCAUCGUCUCCGGGCGCGAGGAGCUCGGCAUGCCAAAACUCUUCUGCGAUAUUGACUUCGAGCACCACGCGACCGCCGCGCGCGUCCGCGCCUCGUGGCGGGGCGCCACCUUUGCCGACAUCUCCCUGAAGAAUCUGCGCCGCGAUGUGCCCGAGACGGAGAACGGCACCAUCGGCGGCGAGGCGGACUACGGGAUCCUGACAUACCGCUACAUCCCCUCGGUCGGGGAGCCGGGCAGAGCCGACGCCGAGUAUGCGUGCGUGGUGCCCCACGAGGAGGAAGCGCGGGACGUGCCCGCCACGGUGCACGCGGUAUCUAGGUCGUCCGAUGUCUCGGUCAAGAUGGAGGGAUACGACUGGCAGAGGCUGCCGACGCUGCAUCACGUUACCAGGUUCUUGGCUGAGAUGCCCAUCUACGAGGUUGUGGGCGCCAAGGUCGUGGAGGGGACGGGCGUGCCGGACGUGUCUGCGGCCCGGAGGAUAGAAUAG